AUGCGUGCAGUGAAGUAUUUGGUGAAGCUGUACGAAGUGUCCCCGGAAGAUGGUCAAAUAUCAGCCUUCGAUACUUACGCAAGCACCAUCUUCACCGGCACCGACAGGGGCAUCCUGCUCAGGUUCACUGUCGAGGGCGCGGGCCUCCCUGACGCGGCCCCUCCGACGGUGAAGGAAUCAUGCGGCAUCGGCAACAACGAUAAUAGCAGCGCCAACACUCGUGCGCCUAGCCAAUCAGCGCACAAUGACCCACUGGCGCCUGCGCCGGAAGGAUCGGAGAGGAUUUACACCACUCUCAUGCGGCGCGCCGUGCUCUCGGCGACGCAGCGUAGGAUCGAGCGCCUCCAGCAUAGUCGUACGCAGAAUCUUCUUUUUGUUCUCUGUGAGCAUCGCCUCGUGGUGUUAAACUCCGUCACAUUCUCUCACAUACAAACUAUCGCGGAGCAUAUUGGGACCUUCUUUGUCUCUGAUUCGCAGCAAAAUAGUCCUCAGCGUGCAGGUCUUCAUGUUAUUUGCGCAUCGGAAUUGAAUGGCCGGGGGCUCAGUGUCUUUGAGUUCGACGCUUCGCAGGGUAAACACGCGCGUGCCAUUCUUGCACAGGAACUCGUGCUUCCUGAGCUAGUCCAAGUGCUUGUGACAUAUGGCAGCAUCGCCUGCAUUGGCAUGCGCCGGGAAUACAGUCUUCUUUCGCUGUCGGAUGGUAAUUCGUGUGGUGUGCUUGCUCUCGGUGGUGGAAGACAGCCGCUGCUUGCUGCUGGUGAUGGCGAAGUGUUCAUGCGGUAUAAUCAGUCCAUUUUCUCCGUCUCGAUGCGCUCCAUUCCGUCUGGACGCAUUCUUGGCCGCACGAUUAAACUCGAGGAUGAGGUCUUGUCCUUCGUGGUUCGUCACCCUUUUCUCUUCGCAUUCACAGAACAAUAUUGCGAUGUCUAUUCCUUGUGUGACGAUGAUGUAUCGGAGCGGCUGCCACUACCAGGUUGCCUUUUCAGUUCGCAGCUGGGCCGUGGUGACUUUCUCUACGCCGCAAGUAAAACGAAAAUAUGGAUGGCGAGCCUGCACUCGCUGCGUCACCAGUUGGCGGACCUUGUGGAGCGGUUCAAGGUGGAGGAGGCUUUCCAUCUGCUUGGCAGUCAGCGGGCAAAAACUGCAGUCGAUUUACAAGCAAUUGAACUGGAGCUACAUAUAAUGGCUGGGUUCGCAUACCUGCACCACUGCCGUCCGAAGGAGGCGAUGUUGCACUUUAAUGAUCACAUCGAUCCGAGAGACUUGUUGCUGCUUCUGCAANAGUGUAUUCCACCGAACCCCGAUGAAUACAGCCCAGAACUGCAGGCGUUGCUGGAGGUUGAUGGAUUUAGGAAGCCUGGUGACGGCGCUCCGGUAACUUCAGCCAUAACAACAACAACAACAACAGAAGCAAUAGCGACCACAAAGGUGCAUGGCAAGAAUGAGACUGAAAAAGUAUGUGCUGCUGAGGAGAAAGAGGAGGGUGGUGAUAGUGACAAGAAGAAUGGUUUCUGGGCCGAGUGGGAGGGAUGCUGUCCGUACAACACCUAUGUUGGGGAACUGCACAACGCUUGGCUUGAGACGUACGAGACGUUUCCUAUUGUUCCGAUGAACAGUGACCCGCAGCAUCAUUUGGUGUAUCGUCAGGUGCCGGAGUGGGGCGCCACCACCGCAGCCACCUUCCUGGAGUGCUCAUGGGAGCUUUUUAAAGACGAACUCAUACUGUUCUUUCGCUCUCGCCUGAAACAGGCUAGUGAUAUCUACGCGCGGGCGAUGGAGUACGCCCUGCUGGUUCUUGCGCUUGAGGCGCAGGAUCACCGGGCGGCGUACCGUGUCGUGGCGUACGGAUCAUCACUCCGCGUGGAAGAUAGCUACGACUUGCUUUCAUCGUUGCGGGAGUAUCGCCUACUCGCGUGCUUACUGUAUCGUUGUGGUUAUACACGGGCGGCAAGCCAUGUGCUCACAUCACGCGUCUACGUGUCGAGUCUGCUGCCGCCAUCGGUGUUGAAUGCGCGCUUCACGAGUGAGUGUGCUACGGCGUACAAAAUUGUGCCAAAGUCAAUGCGUGCUCAGCUAGACCGGCUUCUAAGCCGUACUUCCGAUCUGCCAUGUACAACAGGGAUGCAGUUGAGGGCGAAAGAUGAAGCGGGCCACCCGGGCCAAACAAUGGCAGCGACGGAAGCAUCGAAGGCACUGCUGCCGCUACCACUGUCACUCUCUGAGGUAAUGUACUUGGUGAGCACACUUAACUUGGCAGCACUUCAAGAAUUACUGUGCGAAAAUCCAGAGGCUUCACAAGCAGUCGACGAGGAGGGAUGCACCUUGCUGCAUGUUCUUUUCAGCUUGCUUGUAUUGCAUGAGGAUGCAAAGGAGGAUCUGGCAUCAGAGAGCAGAGGUGCCCUUUUGAACCUCGUACUGUCAUGUGCUUUAUUGCUCCUGGAUCAUGGUGUCUGCACAGCAAUAGUAGACAGACAUGGUCUAAGCUGUUUGGAUGUGGCUGCGGUUGCUGCGGGUGGUGCUUUUUUUGACAUCAUAAUGGCAGCACUACUUGCUGAAAGUGAUGUGAUGGGCGUUACUCUUGCGGUGGAGAAGGAAGUGGGUGAGGUGACACCUCGUGGCGCGUAA